GUCCAGAGGAGCAGGACGCACGGAUGCGGUUAUUCGGCGCGAGCUUCAUCGCGUCUCACAGUAAAGUAGAACAGUUUCACUUCCUCCUGUUUUGUUCACUGCGAUAAUUAAAGAGCGUUAAUUGGAUCCGAGGACUCGUUUGCUUCCUUUUCUCAGGUAUUUCUCCUCUCUUUGCGCGCUGUGCCAGCGCCAGCGCCAGCUCUUUGCGCACCUGAGUCCUGGCGGCGUCAAACAUGACUUUUAAAUCGCUUCCGAGCCGCUAAACUGCACACGGUUGAGACUUCACCGGCGUCAUGUUUGCUGUGGCGAAUCCGCGUGGAAUAAUUACCGAACCACAGGUCCAGGUGUCCUCCUCAUCCUCCUCAUCCUCGGGCAGAGCUGAUGUGUCUGUGUGGAGGAGCGCACCAGUCUGACGCCAGCUGGGAUUUGACCGAGCGCAGGAGUUUGGGGAUGCGAGAGAAACAUUGAGAGAAAGAAUCUCCUGCUGCAAGUUUGAUCUGGAUUGAUCCAGGACUGCGCACAGUCAGCCAUGGCCUCUGAGAUGGUGUGCGGGCUGAUCUUCAGGCUGCUGCUGCCCGUGUGUCUCGCAGCUGCUUGCCUGUUCAGGUACAAUGCCCUGUCCUUCGUCUACCUCAUCUAUCUCCUGCUUAUUCCACUCUUCGCGGAGCCCACGUGUACGUCGAUGCAGGGCCACACAGGGCGUCUGCUGCAGUCCUUGUGCUUCACCAGUAUGUCCUUCCUGCUGCUCCACAUCAUCUAUCAGAUUACCGUCAACAGCCUCUUGGCCGGGAACUCCAUCGCCUCGGACUUCAACUGUUCCACAUGGGAGAAAUCCAUAAGACAAAUCGGCUUCGAGAGCGUGAUCGGCGCGGACGCGGGGAACGGCAUCCGAGUCUUCAUCCCCGACAUCGGCAUGUUCAUGGCCGGCCUGGCCAUCUGGCUGCUGUGUCGCAGUCUGGUCCAGAAGAGGCCGCCUGAAGACAUGGCCCAGUACAACGCCGACUUUGACGCAGAGGAACAAGAGGAAGAGGAGAAGCUGAGCCUGGAGGACAACAUCCUGCUGGAGGAGGACUACGAAGCAGGGUACGAGGCCGGGGAGGAUGAGGAGGACGACGAAGAGCUGGAGGGGGAGGAGGAGGAGGAGGAGGAGGAAGAAGAGAAGGAGAGCACAAAGAUGAAGGUUUUGAGAAUUGUGGCUGAAGUGGCCUCCAAGGUGAAGGAGAUCAUCGGGAACCUGAUCACCACUGCGGGGAAGGUGGUGGUCACUAUCCUGUUGGGCAUGACAGGCGUCAUGCUGCCCUCCAUGACCUCAGCCGUUUACUUCUUCAUCUUCCUCUUCCUGUGCACCUGGUGGUCGCUCUGCCGGACGUUCGACACGCUCAUCUUCAGCUGCAUGUGUGUCCUCAUGGCCAUCUUCAGCGCCGGACACCUUGUCAUCCUCUACCUCUACCAGUUCCAGUUCUUCCAGGAGUCCAUUCCACCAGGAGAUGGCUACAUCAGUGUGUUUGGCAUCUCCCCGAUCGUUCAGAGCAACUGCUCGUACACGUGGAAGCUCAUCGUGCACCCGGAGAGAAAGUGGUACCAUUUUGUGAAUCCCAUCAUGCUGCUGCUCCUCUACUACACUCUGGCCACGCUGAUCCGCCUCUGGCUGCAGGAGCCCAUCGAACAGCUGACGGACGACAAAGACAGCAAUGUGUGCGAGGAGGAGGAUCUGAUUGGAAACAGAACCAGUAACUCGGCCAACAGGAAGCGGCAGCUGUGGUGGGAGUCGCGUCAGGGCACCGAUGAGAAAAACCUCCUCUCCACCCAGGAUGGCAUCAGUACGACUGAGGCCGUGCCCACGUCAAACGGGACGUCCUUCGAGUUUGUCACGACCGAGAAUGGACCGGUCUGUCUGGACUUAUACUCCACCCCGCAGUAUAAAAUGGACCAGCCCAACGAUGGCACAGAGAAGAAGGAUGAAAGUGUGUACGAAGUGUGUUUGCCCCCGGAGGAUUUGGCGCUGGACGGCGGCGGCGAAGAGAAGUCUGAGGGAAGCGAGGACGGGAUUAAGCAGAGAGGAGUGAGCGCCAUGGUCAAAGUCUUCCAUUUCAUCAUGAAACAGAGCUACAUCUGCGCUCUCAUCGCCAUGAUGGCGUGGAGCAUCACGUACGUCAGCUGGCUCACGUUUGUCUUCCUUAUCUGGUCGUGCAUGCUGUGGAUGGUGAGGGACCGGCGGCGCUACGCCAUGCUGUCGUCGCCCUUCAUGGUCGCCUACGGCAACCUGCUGAUCGUCCUGCAGUACAUCUGGAGCUUCGAGGACAUGCCCGAGGUCCCGGGCUUCUUCGUGAAGAAGAGGAACCCCUUCCACUCGCUCUCGUCCAAGGUCCUGUGUCUGCUGAGCUUCUGGCUGCUGCUGAGACAAACGCUCACCGAGCGAUGGGAAAAACAAAAGGACGACAGCGCCGGCCUCUUAGACGUUCACGUGGAGGACCAGGAGAAGAAGGAGGAGGAGGACUCUGAAGACCGAGGCGAGCAGGACAUCAUGCACGUCCUGGGCAGCAUGGUCAUGGCCAUGCUGGUCAAAUACUGGAUCUACAUCUGCGGCGGCAUGUUCUUCUUCGUCAGCUUCGAGGGAACCAUCGUCAUGUACAAGAUCAUCUACAUGAUGAUGUUCCUCUCCUGCGUGGCUCUCUACCAGGUGCACUACGAGUGGUGGAGGAGGAUCCUCAAGUACUUCUGGAUGUCGGUGGUAAUGUACACCAUGCUGGUGCUCACGCUGGUCUACACCUUCCAGUUCAAAGGCUCCGUGGAGUUCUGGUCCAACAUGUUAGGCAUGGACAAACAGAGCUUGAAGGACCUGGGUCUGGAGCAGUUCACUGUGUCCCAGCUCUUCACCAGGAUCUUCAUCCCCACAUCCUUCCUGCUGGUGUGUAUCCUCCACCUGCAUUACUUCCACGACCGCUUCCUCCAGCUCACCGACCUGCAGGCUGUGGUGGCGAAAGAGCAGAGCACGAUCUACAGCCACGCUAAAGUCAGCGGGCGACUCAAUCUCAUCAUGGAUAGCAUCAAGCAAAAAAUCCCCGCUCCACAGAGCAAACUGGUGCACCAGGACGGCAGCCUGGCGGACCUCACCAUGCUCAGUGCCAGCUCGGUGGACGCGGCGCUACCAAGAGAGCCAGAGCUGAAGCCAGGGCCCGAGAACAAGCAGGAGGAGCAGGGGGAGUGGGGCACGGAGAGAGAGAAGGAGCAGGCACUGGUGGUGGUGAUGGAUGACGCUGACACUACUGGCGAGAAGCCCGGGAGCUUAUCCGACCUGCGGCAGUCCAGCGCAGAGGAGAGCCAUCACUGCAGUGCAGGGACCGAGCCCGAGCCAGAGCCCAGCACCGAGCAGAGCUCAGAUCUGAAGAAUAAGUGGCAUCUGGUGGUCGACCGUCUGACCGUGCUCUUCCUCAAGUUCUUGGAGUAUUUCCACAAGCUGCAGCUGUUCAUCUGGUGGUUGCUGGAGAUCCACAUCAUCAAAAUCUUGUCCUGCUACAUUGUCCUGGUCUCUGUUCAAGAGGUUUCGCUGUUCAACUUUGUGUUCCUGGCGUCGUGGGCUUUCGCGCUGCCCUACAGUCAGUAUCGGCCGCUCGCCUCCAGUGUUUGCACUGUGUGGACAUGUGUCAUCAUUGUAUGUAAAAUGUUGUACCAGCUGAAGUCCAUAGACCCUCCGACUUACUCCAAGAACUGCUCGUUGCCGGAGAGAUACUCGAGUGACCAGGAGGAUGAGCUGAAGACGUCUCUGCUGUAUGAUGGACUCGUGGAUCCAGCCAACUGGGUGGGCUUGAACAAGGCUAAUGACCUGCUGGGCUACCUCAGGAACAACCUCUUGAUGUUGGCCAUCCUGGCCUUCGAGGUGACCAUCUACCGCCACCAGGAAUAUUUCAGACUGAGGAACAAGCUGUCGCCGCCGGCCGCUCGCAUCAUCUUCCACGACAUCACGCGGCAGCACCUGGACAUCGGCAUCAUCAGCUUCAUCAAAUAUUUCAUCAAUUACUUUUUCUACAAGUUUGGACUUGAGACGUGCCUGCUGUUGGGGGUCAACGUAAUCGGGCAGCGCAUGGACUUCUACGCCAUGCUUCAUGCCAUCGCGCUGAUAGCCGUCAUGUACAGACGGCGGAGGAAAGCCAUCGCAGAGAUCUGGCCCAAGUACUGCUGCUUCCUGGCCUGCAUGCUCACCUUCCAGUACUUUGUCUGUAUCGGGAUCCCGCCGGCAGCCUGUAAAGACUAUCCCUGGAGGUUCCCCAGCUCUUUCACAGACUCCAAUGUGGUCAAGUGGCUUUAUCUUCCAGACUUCCACACCAGGCCCAGUCCGUCCUUCCUCAUCUACGACUUCAUGUUGCUGCUGUGCGCCUCUCUUCAGAGGCAGGUGUUUGACGAUGAGAACAAAGCGGCCGUCCGAAUCAUGGCUGGAGACAACGUGGAGAUCUGCAGGGACUUGGACGCGGCCUCCUUCAGUGUCCACAACCCGGUGCCAGACUUCAUCCACUGCCGGUCCUACCUGGACAUGCUGAAGGUCAUCAUGUUCAGUUACCUGUUCUGGUUUGUCCUCACCAUCAUCUUCAUCACGGGAACCACCCGGAUCAGCGUCUUCUGCAUGGGCUACCUCGUCGCCUGCUUUUACUUCCUGCUCUUUGGCGGCGAACUGCUGCUGAAGCCAAUCAAGAAGAUUCUGCACUACUGGGACUUUCUGAUCGCCUACAACAUCUUUGUGAUCACCAUGAAGAACAUUUUGUCCAUCCUGGCCUGUGGCUACAUCAACAUCCUCAUCGAGAAGCAGUGCUGGUUGAUCCAGUUGUUGAGUUUGGCCUGCACCAUUAAAGAAUAUAACAUCGAAAUCAACCAGGAAAAAAUGCCUGCCGAUCAGCGCUGCGACCUGCCCAGCGACGAGGCCGGCAUCAUCUGGGACAGCAUCUGCUUCGCCUUCCUACUGCUGCAGAGACGAGUCUUCAUGAGCUACUACUUCCUGCAUGUGGUGGCCGACAUCAGAGCGUCGCAGAUCCUAGCGUCCAGAGGAGCUGAGCUUUUCCAGGCCACGAUCGUGAAGGCGGUGAGAGCAAGACUGGAGGAGGAGCGUAAAUCGGUGGAGCAGCUGAAAAGACAGAUGGAGCGCAUUAAAGUGCGGCAGCAAAAGUUUAAGCGGGGCAAGGAGAAGAUGCUUAGCAUCGCGCAGGAGUCCGGAGAGGGACAGACACUCGUGCAGCCCCAGGACGACGACGACGACGAUGGAGCACAGCGAACGAAAGCCAAGACCAAAAAAAAGCAGUGGUGGAGGCCGUGGGUUGACCAUGCUUCCAUGGUUAGAAGUGGAGACUAUUACUUGUUUGAAACUGACAGUGAGGAGGAAGAGGAGGAGGAGGACAAAAAAGACGAGGAGCCGCCCAGGAAGUCAGCGUUUCAGCGAGCAAUUGGGAAGUUUGUGUCCGCGGUUCUGGCUUUGCCCAGGUCAAUCAUAAAGCUGCCUAAAACUAUCCUGCAGUAUUUAAUGAAGGCAGGAAAGUUCCUGUAUCACGCCUGGAUAACGGACCCUAAAGCUGCGCUCAGAGCUCGAAGCAAAGAGAAACGCAAAUUCUGGAAGAAAUACACGAGAGGAGUGCGACACAGGAAGAGUAAGAAAGAUGCAGGUCAUGUGACCAUCGAGGUCGGCGAAACGUCAGAAGGGCAAGAAAAAGAAGACGAUGAAAAUGAGUCGAGUGGUCCAGAUAACAUCAUUAAACGCGUGUUUAACAUCAUCAAGUUCACGUGGGUGCUCUUCCAGACGACCGUGGACAGCUUCACCAAGUGGAUGAACGAGAUGUGCCGCGAGUACAUCGACAUCUCCACCGUGCUGCGCAUCGAGCGCUGCAUGCUCACGCGAGAGGUCAAAAAGGGUAACGUACCGUCCAGAGAGAGCAUCCAUGUUUACUAUCAGAAGGCCAUGAGGCUCAACAUGUCCCGACAGGCCAGCAUGGAUCAGCUCAGCGACGACGAGUCGGCCUCGGGCUGCACUGGCGCGCGGAGGAGACGUGGAGGUUACCGCAUGGAGAGCCAGGACUCCACAGCCUCCAGAGACAGCAUAUCCAGUGCUGUCACUGAGGCCACCACGCUGUUCUCUCGCCAGUCCACGCUCGAGGACCUCGACGGGAUGUCAGAGAGCAUUCCCAAAACCAGCGAGCGGGCCAGGCCCAAGCUGCGCAAGAUGUGUGGCCUGGACGUGUCCACGUCGUCCGUGGAGAGCGGCAGCAGCUUCAUAUCCAGUGAAGCGACCCAGUGCAUCACACUCUACUCUAGACAAGGCACUACAGACACCAUAGAAGAAGUGGAGGACGAGCAGGACCUUGGAGAGGACAAGCAGCAGGUUCUGUGGGAAUCCCAGCAGCUGGACGACGGUGAGGAGCCUGAGAGUGAUCUGUGGGGGGAACCCAGGGAGACAGAGGAGGAGAGGAUGGCGAGGAUGGAGAGGACGGAGGGUGAGGAACCUGAGCAGGAAUUACCAAAGAACCAUGAGAGAGAAGAAGAACAACAACAAGCACCUUGGGAGUCUUCUGGCCCAGAUGAGGGCACCUCCCUGAGGCUGGACGUGGCUGAGUGUGUCCCGUCUAUCCAGGACAAAGACGUAAUGAGUGGGAGUGAAGACGGAGAAGGAGGAGGAGGAGGAGGAGGACAGCAGGACUUCAUGCAGACAGACGGGCGGGCGGGUCUGCUCUACACUCCUGAUACGGACGUUUCCAAGUUGUCCGACGCAGACGUUCCUCCCAGCUACAGCAAGGCGGUCAGCUUUGAUCGCCUGGAGGUGAGCGACGACGAGAGCGACACGUACAGGAAGAGACGCAUGAUCAUGACCUCUGACAGCCACUCGGACAGCAGGUCGGACAUCGUGCUGCCCUCCAUGACCACUGAGCUAACCGCCAGCGAACUCCUCCUCAACAAAAUGUUUUAUGACGAGGAGCUGGAUCAGUCGGAUCACUUCUAUCAGUGCCAGCCGCUGAUCCUGCAGCUCUGCUACGCCCUGUACAACAUGCUGGUUGCGCACUCAGAGAUGGUUUGUUACCUGGUCAUCAUCAUCAACCACAUGGUGUCAGCUUCCUGUGCCACGCUGGUUCUUCCCAUCACCAUCUUCCUCUGGGCAAUGCUGUCCGUGCCACGGCCCAGCAAGCGCUACUGGAUGACGGCCAUCAUAUACACCGAGGUCACCAUCGUCGUCAAGUACUUCUUCCAGUUUGGCUUCUUCCCUUUCAACCAAAACAAGAUUGAUAAGAACAAACCGUAUCACCCUCCCAACAUCAUCGGCGUGGAGAAGAAGGAUGGUUACGUCCACUACGACCUGGUCCAGUUACUGGCUCUCUUCUUCCACAGGUCCAUUCUCAAGUGUCACGGUCUAUGGGACGAGGACGACCCCAAAGAAAAGAAAGCACCGUCUUCUUCUCAUCACAGCGAGUCGGAGGACGAGGACAGGGACCGGGACCGGGACUCAGACCACGCGUCCUCAGUCCUCAGCGAGCGCAGCGGGUCCAAUCACACCCUGAGGUCCAUCAACUUUGGCACGUCCAUCGAUUCGGGCCACGUCCAGGUUCACUUCCCGCAGCAGCAGACGUACCAGCGCCGCAAGAGCUCCAGCGGUGGCUCGCACAUCUCCUCGCACCGCUCGCUGCACUCUUCAGCGAGAUCGAAACGAGGAAGCACGGCGUCCCACGGCAGCAGCCACAGAGACGGCAGCGAGGCUGGCAUCCAUAUGAAGACACGCAAGCAGAUGAUCGUGGAGAAGCUGCGGGAGCAGCUGUACAAGGGGAAAGCUCUCGUCAUAAAACUGUUCAUGGAGAUCUACGUUCCCAUGAGGCAGUUCUUCUAUAACCUGAUCCACCCAGAGUACAGCGCAGUGACGGACGUCUACGUGCUGAUGUUCCUCGCUGACACCGUCGACUUCAUCAUCAUCGUGUUUGGAUUCUGGGCGUUUGGUAAACACUCGGCGGCAGACAUCACCUCGUCUCUGUCGGAGGAUCAGGUGCCCGGACCGUUCUUGGUCAUGGUCCUGAUCCAGUUUGGGACCAUGGUGGUGGACCGGGCACUCUACCUCAGGAAGUCAGUGAUGGGGAAAGUCAUCUUCCAGGUCAUCCUGGUUUUUGGCAUCCACUUUUGGAUGUUCUUCAUCCUGCCAGGAGUCACACAGAAGCGUUUCAUAGAGAACAGAGUGGCUCAGAUGUGGUAUUUUGUCAAGUGCAUUUACUUCGGACUGUCGGCCUAUCAGAUCCGCUGUGGUUACCCCACCCGUGUCCUGGGAAACUUCCUCACCAAGAGCUACAAUUAUGUCAAUCUCUUCCUGUUUCAGGGUUUCCGCCUGGUGCCAUUCCUGACGGAGCUGCGCGCCGUGAUGGACUGGGUUUGGACGGACACCUCGCUGUCUCUGUCCAGCUGGAUCUGCGUGGAGGACAUCUACGCUCACAUCUUCAUCCUCAAGUGCUGGAGAGAGUCAGAGAAGAGGUAUCCUCAGCCACGGGGCCAAAAGAAGAAGAAGGUGGUGAAGUACGGGAUGGGGGGAAUCAUCGUGGUGCUGCUGAUCUGCAUCGUCUGGUUCCCGCUGCUCUUCAUGUCUCUUGUGAAGUCCGUGGCCGGAGCUAUUAACCCACCGCUCGACGUCUCGUUCGAAAUCACCCUGGCUGGCUUUCAGCCCAUCUUCACCAUGAGCGCUCAGCAAAAGCAACUGCAGAUUGUGACACCGGCUGAAUAUCAAAAAUUUACAAUGACAUAUGUUGACGAUGUAGCCCUGCAGUGGUUGGAGGGUUACUUCCCUGAAGAUCUGAUCAUCGCCGAGCUCAAAGGCAGCUCCAACUCUCUGUGGACCAUCAGUCCACCGAGCAGAACCAACCUGAUCGAGAUGCUGAGCUCGGCCGAGGACUUUCCCAUCACCGUGUCCUGGUCAGUGCAAAGAAACCUGAGCCGCGGCGCCAAGGCUGAGAUAGCGUCUGGGAAACGAGUGACGUCUCUGGACCAGAGGACAAAACUGGACCUUGUAUCGCUCCUGAACCGGACAGGAAGCAUCUCACAAGUGACCCUGACAAACAUCUUCCCCCGUUUUAUUCGAGCCCCCAGUGACUCGGAUGCCAAGCCUGUUGAGCCGCUUUAUAUAGUUUCUGACAAUCAGAUGAUGAACAUAAAUUUGACUCUGAAGCGGGCUCAGAACACUGGGGACCAGAUCCAGGAAUGGUGGAUCGUCAACCAGACGGAGCUCGGCCCGAUAGAGAAGAGGAGUCCCAAGUACAAGUAUGAAGCGGGUCUGGAGCUUUACGUGUUCAGCGACCAAGUCAGUCCGCCCAGUCUGGGUUUCCUGGCUGGAUACGGGAUCAUGGGCCUGUACGCCUCUGUGGUGCUCGUCAUUGGCAAGUUUGUGCGAGAGUUCUUCAGCGGCAUUUCCCACACCAUCAUGUUCGAGGAGCUGCCCAAUGUGGACCGCAUCCUCAAGCUGUGCACGGACAUCUUCCUGGUCCGAGAGACGGGGGAGCUGGACCUGGAGGAGGACAUGUACGCCAAACUCAUCUUCCUCUACCGCUCGCCGGAGACCAUGAUCAAGUGGACGCGCGAGAAAACCCAGUGAAACUCCAGUGAGCGGAUGAAAUCACGAGAGAGACACGCUGGGUGUUCGCUCUGUUGGCGUUGAGCGUGCAAAUUUCAGUGCAGCGGCCAGCAGGGGGAGCACAACCAAGUCCGUCCUCCUCACCCGAGCUCUGACGGCAGUGACGCGGCGGUAGCUCUUUUUUUGAGUUAUAAACUGGUGUUUUUUUCUACUCUUAUCUGGUGAGAACACACAGAGGCAUAGUAACUAUAACAAGCGAGCACAAAUUUUGCUGGUGCUGAAUUCAUUCUCUCACAAGAGAACCUGGCUCUGUUUAGCACCCGUUGGAUAAAAGGAGCGUCUGGUUGUCAGUUGGAGAUGCGACGAAUCUUCUAGGACAGUUUUCUUAAGUUAACUGUAAAAUAAGAAGGUCGAUUUUUUUUAAAUCCCACACUGCUCUCCACAACUGUCGUCUUUGCAUUUUUCCACGAUGGCCGAGCAGGCGGUGAGAAGCUCAGACUGGCUGCUGCAACGUUACACUUUAAAGGGCUUCCCACCAAAAAGUACACAACACAAUAACGACCACCAUGAGCACAAUCGCAUUAUUAUUCUUCUCCAACUGGAAAAACUUUUCGUUUGUGGGACUGUGCAAUACUGAGCUCUCCUUACUCCGGGUUCUCAAAGGGAUGUGGACCCAAAAGUUCUGAACAAGACACAACAUGAACAUAGUCCCACGUUCUUUUUGGGGGUUUUUUAAACGUCAGAGGCGUCGCAGGAGCCUCUCCAGAGACACGGUCUAUAGAUACAGUAUAUAAAAAAAAAACAAUCCUCACUUGCCUUAUUUUGUUUGUAUGAGAAGAACUGAAACUCUUUAUUAACUACAUAUCUUUCUCAGGAAGAGCUGUUUUCACAGAUAUUAUUGUAUGUCUUCUAUGUUCCACUUCUAUGCGUCGGCUUUGAUGGGAUUUUACAUAUGAGGUCAGAAAAGGAACGUCGAGAACUAUUUAAAUGGCAUGAAAACUAACAUGGAUAUCGUUUGGAUACGGACUGAUGAUACUUAUGAGUAUGUUUACGGCGCAGGCCGCGUGAGGAGAGAACGUUUUUAAUCGCCGUGGACAUUUUUAAAUUUCCUCACAGAGAAUGAGAUCAAUUGCCAAUCACCCCCGCGUCUGCAUCGUCCGCAGGUUGGCGAGAGUCGAAAAAACCAGCAGAGGGGCCGGUAUCUCUGAAUCAGGGUCGCGCACACUCGCUGUUUUUUUAAAACCUCCGACACUCACGGACACUGCGGGCGCCCACAGCUGUGCAUUCAUCAAGGAGACGACGAGAAAAAAAAGAAAAAAAAAAGAUGAAGGGCUGAAACAGGAUGCUCUUUGGUCCAAACUAUGCAUUAGAGGAACACUGUUAGCAUGAAAGAGAAACUACAUUUAUUAAUUUUCAUGACAUGUACAUUCAAGUUUUUUGGGGGGGCGGGGGGGGGGGCUGG